AUGGCUGAACAAACCUUCACGAUCUCCAUUCCCAACAACCAGCUCGAGAUCUUGAAGCGAAAGUUGGACCUUACACGCUUGCCCGAUGAACUCGAGGAAGUAGGAUGGGAUUACGGCGCCCCACGGGGCGACAUCGAGCGUCUACUCCAAAGGUGGAAGGAUGGGUUUGAUUGGCGCGCCGCCGAAGCUGCGCUGAAUAAGGACCUUCCCAUGUUCACGCGCGACAUCCCCGUCGAAGGCCCUGGCGCGCUCAACAUUCAUUACGUUCACCAGAAGAGUGCGAUCCCAGGAGCCAUCCCGCUACUCUUCGUACAUGGCUGGCCUGGGAGCUUCAUAGAGGUACGCAAAGUACUGCCUCUGCUUGUGAAGCCCGACAAAUCGAGCGCGCCGGCCUUCCACGUCGUUGCACUUUCGCUUCCGGGGUAUGGGUUCUCUGAAGCGGCGAAGAAACCGGGCUUCGGCCCACAGCAGGUCGCCGAGGUCGGUCACAAGUUGAUGCUCGCGCUCGGUUACAACGAGUACGUUUGUCAAGGAGGGGACUGGGGAUAUGUGAUCACUAUGCUCAUCGCGAACACAUACGGGCCGACCCAUGCUAAGGCAUGGCACACGAAUAUGCCGGAGCUGAAGGCACCUAGCGCGGAUGUUCAAUACAGUGAACAGGAUCAAGUGAUACUGAAGCGCAUGGGGGACUUCAUGAAGACCGGUGCUGGCUACAUGUUCCAGCAAACCACGAAGCCGCAGACGCUGGGCUAUAGUCUCUCCGACUCGCCUGUGGGAUUGCUUGCCUGGAUAUACGAGAAGCUGGUGGCGUGGUCUGAUGCAUACGCGUGGACUGAUGACGAGGUUCUGACCUGGAUAUCUAUCUAUUGGUUCUCUCGUGCUGGACCGACGGCGUCUACACGACUCUAUUAUGAGUCGAGGGUAGGUGGCUUCGGUCCCGGGACGGACUCGGGAACAUUCUUCAAGGUCUACGAUGUCAACGUGCCCAUCGGAUUGUCCGUCUUUGCUGGUGAACUGACGACGCCGCCUGAGUCGUGGAUCUCGCCUUACGGUGAUCGUGUUGUGCAAUCGAUCCGUCACAAACGCGGCGGUCAUUUCGCCGCGUACGAGGUGCCCGAGCUCCUCGUUGACGAUUUGCGCAAGAUGUUCGGCAAGGGCGGGCCGGCGUAUCGUGUUGUCGGGGGCAAGGAUGGCUACUAG